AUGAGAGACCAGGAAGACGACGUCUCUUCCUUGCCAAAGGGAGAAGACGGGGACUUCUUCUCUGUCUUGCUCCAGAACCACAUCACAGGUGUCAGGACACCGCGUCCAGGUCGGCCACAGCCGCUUCACCCGACCGAGCCAAAGGCCGCGCCUUCUCUUUCGGCCAAUGCCCACGCGUUUUGCUCUUCCUCGUUUGCUCCUCUUUCCUCCUGGGACCGCCCCGGCACGCGAACUGCCGAGGACUCCCGCGGAGACACGUCCGCCCCGGCGGUGUCUUCUGCGUCGAACGACGCUCGCCUCGGCGAGGGAAGGCCUGACCGGCGAGGCGGCGAGAGCGAAGGCGCGGCACUGAUCGAGGGGAGAAGCGAGGAAAGAGCGGACGCGAAGACCGCGCAAGUCUUCCCUUUCCUCCGCGGCCGCGCGGCGUCCCUCGAGAUUUUGAAGAAGCACAAACCGCAAGGCAACGGACCGUCCUGGGUCUCGUCCCGGCACCCGCCCCCGGCGGUCCUGCCUGACUGUGGCGCGAUUGCGGGGCGGGGGAGCGAGACGGACGGGGGGGAAAGCGGCAAGACAGACCAGAGAGAGCGGGGUAGUGAAGCAGGGGCAAGGCCAGGAGCAAGCACCUGCAGAGACGGAAGGCGAGGGGCGUCAGUGGGAGGAGACAAAAACGAACGGGGGGGAGAAUCGGACGAAAGACGCAGAUCGGGAGAGAGAAGACACACUCGGGGAAAGAGUUUCAACAAGCAGUUGGAAGCACGCAUAGAGCGCGUCCACCGCGCCACGAGGCGCGCGACCUCGUCGAGAGAAGAGGGACAACUCGAGACAGCCCGGAGACGCAAGGCGAAUCUGCAUCCUCUCCAUCGUUCUCUGCCGCCGCACUCACACCACCGGACUGCCGAGCAGUGCUUCCCUCGCCGCUCACGCAGCCGCACGGCUUCCUACGCCUCGCGAGAGGAGACAGAGACGGAUGCGUUGACGGGCUCGACUGUGCAUUCCUUUCCUUCUGCACGAGGUUCUUUUUCGGCUUUCGAGAGAUUUUGCGGCCCCUGUGGCCGCCCGUCUUCGCCGUCUCCGGUCUGUGACCACCUCGAGCGAGAGGACACAGACGGGCGUGUUGGCAGAGGCCGGAGGGGGCCUGGCUCUCACGCGGCACUCUUCGCUGGGAAGAGGAAAACGCAUUCGCAUGCGUCUUGUUCGCGAGGGGAUGAGUCGCCGCUGUCGGCCCUGAGUGCAGAGAGCUCAACGCGGUCGGCUGCGUCUGAGGCAGACCGCCCGGCCGUCCGCAGGGAGAGAGGCCAAGGGAAGGUUAACGAACGGGCCUCGGGGCGCGGAUACUGCUCGUCAGAGGGACUGGGUGGGCGGCGUGGAGCCAGUCAGGCAGGGGGACACAGAUGGACUUCCUGGGGUGUACAUACACCGUCCGGAUCGGACUGGGAAGACGAUGAAGGGGAGAUAGGACGCGAGGCGCAGUGGGAGCGCGAGACGUCAGAUGUCGCGUGGUGGGGAAAACGGAGGCUCACGAGAAAGCGGCGCCACAGGGCCUUGCGGCCUAGGGCGGGGCGGGCGGGGAUGACUCUGUCAGCUGUCUUUGCGCCACCGAAAGCAUUCUCAGAAGACUCCGCGACGCCUUUCCAGCCCUCGCUCCCCCCUUCGUCUCUUCUCUCUGCGUCGCCGCUCUUCACAGACCUCUUCCCCGCGUUGCAGGACACGAGUCAGAAAAAAGAGGAACCGCCCGCGAAGAGAGAACCGGACCAGCCGGUCUCUCUCGAUGCCUCGCUUGCAGCCGGGCGUCCGUUGCCUGUCUCGCCGCUGGGGCCUGACAGAGGCCUCGCCCAGUGGCUGGCAGUGCUGCGGUCUUCUCCGCAACUUGUCUCCACGCUUCUACACUCGUCUGCGUCCCCACCUCUCUUGGCGAGGAACGCGCUUCCACUCUCCGUUCCCUCUCUGGCAUCUACUCCCUCCGUCUCUCCCUCAGCUGCGCUCCUCGUUCCACCACCUUCUGACAGCCAGGCCAAUGGCGACAAACGUGACCCAUGCGAAGCAAAUCUCCCUUCUCCCUCUCCUCCGUGCAUUUCUUCUGCGUGCAUUUCUGCCUCUCCAUGUCCUGCCUCGUCUUCUUCCUCGCUGGUCCCGAUCCCUGGCGAGAACACAGGCCGGGUGGUUCUGCCUGUUCUGACUGCCUGCGAGGGCAAGGAGCCUUCUCCUGUGGCUAGGCGAGACGAUUCUGCGCUCUCUUCGGUCGUUCCUCCGGCGUGGCGUGCCUCGCUCGCGCCCUUUCCUUUUUCCGUCGAGCAGUCGCCUCUCUGUGCGUCUUUCGCGUCUCUUCUUUUGGGCUCUCGAGGCGAGCGCGCAGGUCCGCAAGACAGUGGAGACCCCACGGCCUCGAGAGCCGUCCGUGGCGACAAGACGCGAGAGAACGCGAAGCGCUGUUUGUUGCUGGAACGGUGUCGCGGCGAGAUUCGCGAAAUGAAGGAGCGAGUCGCGCACUUAAGAGCGGGCGUAGAAAGCAAUUUGUGCGACAUGAAGAAGUGGAUGGCGACGGCAGUCAACGAGGUUGGACAGGUGUAUGUGACCCAUUCGCACGACGACGGUUCCGCAGAUGGAUCAUUCGCGAAAGUGAAGGAGGAAUUCGAGAAGGAGCGCUCGGCAUUCGCCCUGUGUCGAGCCCAGCAAGAGGAAAGACUGUCUCUUCUUCAGCUCCAGGUGUAUGGACUCGAGGAGCAACUGAUGCUGGCGGAGACGACGCGCGAUAAGCAGGAGAAGACCAUCGAGCAGAUGACUCUCUUCGCUAAAGCAGAGGCGGAGAAACAGCGGGAGAAAGUGCGCAGUCUCCACCUGGAGCUCGAAGCGUUGAAGGAGAAGAAAGAAGACCGCGAGCGCGAGGAAGAGCGCCAGAAGGCAGCGCAUGCAGAGUCGGUGGAAAGUUUGCAGCAAGAAGUUGAACAGGUGACGAAGGAGAAAACAAAGAUGGAGGCGCAGCUGAAGAGACUCACUGCCGAACACGAGGAGCUUCGCAGAGAGCACGAGACGACGCGGGCGCGUCUGAAAGAGAGCGAGGAGGGCCUGAGAGACACGCGGGAGCGAGAAGAAGAAGAGAGAAAAAAGCGGGAGGCACUGCUCGUCGAGCGCGCCCGAGGCGAGCGAGAAGAAGAGAAGCUGCUCGAAGACGUGCAACGCCUGCACGGCGCCUUGAGUGAGAAGGAGGCUAUCUUCACAGAGAUGAAAACGGAGGCAGAACGCGUUCGCCAAGACCUCGACAGAGAGCGCCAGCUGCGGGAACUGCGAGAACAAGAGAAGGGACAGAUCGAGAGAGAGUUGACGGAGGCGAAGAAACGGGAAGAAGAAGGACAGGAGGAGAACGAUAAUUUGCAGCAGGAAGUGACGCGCAUGCAGAGGAACAUCGAGCAGAUUCAAAGCCAGAGAGAUCAAGAGUCGCGGAGACACGCAGCAGAGAAGGAGCGACUGCGGAAACAGAUUGACGAGCUGGAGCUGGAGAGACAGGCGAUGCAUGCCGACGCCACUGCCCGCCUCGAGGAGCACUUGAAGGCGGAAGAGAAACUCCGGGAGGAGGCACAGAAUCUACGAGCACAACAGAGAAAAAAAACGAAUGUCGAGGAAGAGCUCCUCGCCACAAAAACCGAACUGCAGCACUUAAAAGAUGAACUGAAAGAUUUGCUGGCUGAAGAAGUGGGGAAGCGCGCAGCGUUGACUGAGGAGAAUGCGAAGCAGCAGACGGAGUUGGAGAACAAGCACCAUCUGGUCCGUUCGCUUUUGCAGCAGAAGUCGACUUUGGAGGUGAAGCUGCAGGAGUCGCAGAGACGAGAGCUAAACCUGCAGAAAGACGUGAGAAGCGGAGAAGAAGAACGACUCGAGCUGAAACAGAGUGUCGCGGAUUUGCAGCUGGAGCGCGACCAACAGAAGCUGGCCAUUCAGAGGAGCGAACUGGAGGUUGAGCGACUGAAGCAGUAUGUUGCCAAGCUGGAAACUUCUGCGAAGAUGCACCAGGAAGAACUGUGUCGUCGACAAGCAGCUCUAACGGAAUCUCUCGAGAAGCACGAGUCGGCUGCGGGGGCUGCGUCGAAGUGGAAGGCCCUCUACUCGUCUCAGCAGAGCGCAGUGCAGAAGCUGCGAGACCAGCUGGUGUCGCUACACCGGUCGCUCUUGAAACGCGGCGAGGCAGAGGAUGCGUUCCUCUACUUGCAUCUGGACCGUUUGUCGCCCAAAGGAGGGUUUCCGGAAGCUGGGGAGCAACGACGAGAGAGUGAGUCGGACUCAGAGACCGACGCCGCGGGCUUUGACCAGGCAGCGAAGACGACGUCGGGGAAGGAGACGAGCCGGGAAGAGCAGAGGGCGAUGCGGGCGUCUGCGGCGAAGGCUCUUGCGCUUCUAUUGAAUGCUCCGGUAUUUCAGCCGAUUCGAAGCCAAGGGUCAGGCUCACGGGGCCUCGGCGGCGAGCGGGAAGCGAGGGAAAAAACGCGCGCAGGAGACACUCGAGAGGCGCUGGACACUGCGGCGAAGAACGGCGACGACUCGGCUUCGCCGCCACGGUCUGCUGCGGCGCGUUCUCUCGGGCGAGCUGUCGCCCAGGAAGAGGCGAGACAGAAGAAAGACUGGCUCCAAGACGCGGAGUUUCCGCGCUUCCGCGAGGCGUCUUCGGGUCGUGAAGAAACGUACACGUUUCGGGAGAGGCGGGAGAGCCGUGGAGACAGCUCGGACGCGAAGUGUGCAGUGACGAGCGACGAGGACACGCCGCGGUUCGGAGCCCGAGAGGGAAAGAUCGAAGGGAAGUCGAGAGAGCGCGCGAGAAGCUCCCCAGAUGCCCCAGAGGGCGUGUCGUCGCGAGGUGUCUCCAGAACGUCCUCGUCGCUUCCGGGGACCCGAGUCGGCACAGAGAGUCGCCAGACGACGGCGAGCAGCGAGGCGUCGGAGUCCCUGUUUCACCGCGACGUGAAUGACGCGCGAGAUAGUUUAGGCGAGCAGAGGGGAGGCGCUAGGCAGGUGGAGGACGAGAAGGGAGACGUGCGAGUUGCCAAGGCGGGGGAACUCCUGCAGCUGAGGACACAGAUAGGAGAGCUGGAGAAGGAGGGAGAGAGACGCGCGAUCGAGCUUUCACAGCUCGAACACUCAGUCUACACGCUGGAAGCAGAGGUGCGCGUCGCUGAAGAAAAGCUCUCGCGCGCAACGUGCACGUGCGAGAUUGCUUUUCACGACAUUCUCGCGCAGAGCGGCAGGUACCACAGCUCAGCGGAGAUCCUGCAGAAGAUCGAAACGGCUGGGAAAGACUUGCACUUGCUGCCGUCGCUGCGGCAGACUCUGCGGGCCCACAUGCGGGAGAAAGGCAGAUGGAGAGAACGGGACGCGGAGGGCAGGAAGAAGCGGCGCGGGAAGGCCGCGAAACCUGAGGGACGAGACGAAGACCGAGACGGCGACCACGAACCCUUCGAUGAAGAAGAAAAAGUCGAAAUGGUGCGGUGGAUGAAUCACCUCGUCGAAGAAACGGAGCGGUCGUGUUACAUUUUGGAGGGGGCGCACGCAGCUCGAGAUGUGGCGGCGCGCGAGCGGCAGCAUCUCCAAAGGCAGAGGGAGGCGCUUGCGUCGGAGCUCCGCGAAAAGCGUGUGCGCUUGCGUUCUCUGGAUGCGAAGGCGAAGCGCAUUCCCGGGUCUCUCCUUCGACUGCGAGAGCGGGAGCAGGCGUGUGUGGAAGCUCUCGGAGAAAGAAAGCAAACGCGGCCUCUCGUCAGUGUGCCGCCAGUCGCCGCAUGCUUGGCCGACGUGGUGAAGAAGAGUGCGUUCUCUUCUCUCGAUCGAAAGAACCCGCCGAACGAGCGAGGAUGCGACGAGGGACGCGAGCUGGGCGAACGCGACCUCCGUGAAGGCUGCGGGCGAAGACGCAUCGCUGAGAGUGAACGGGAGAAAGAGAAGACGAACCACGAGCCCAAGGUCGAGGUGGCGCCACGAAGAGGCUCGUGGUCUCCCCGGCCCGAGGCCCACAGGCCUUCUCGAGGGUCAGCUGACACGGGAAGGGGAGAUGAGGUGCCAAGCGGCGACGCGCGCCUGUCGAUGAAAAAGGAGAGACACGUAUUAUUUGAGCAGGGGAAAGAUGAUGACGAAGAGGAUUAUCCUUCUUCGCCUUCAUUGUUUCACCAUCUCGCUUCGGAGCAGAGAGACCACCGCAGUAGCCAGUCAGAUAACAGAGACUCCAAGAAAGUGAUUGGAAGCAGCUCUGCAGACACGUACACAAACGGGGUAGACGACGCGUCUUCGGCAUGGAGCGAACGUGAUGUGCACGCGCAGAGUGGCGGGUGUUCGUUCUGGGUCGCGUGGUCGGCUGCCACAGGUGACCUCGAAGAAGCCCUCGCUUCUUCACGCGUGGAUCCGGUUUCCGCGGCAGAUCGAGCUGGACACUGA